AAUUAAACAUCAGAGAAUCCACACAACUGGGAGCUGCUUUGAAAGCCCCCCGUAGAAAGAAGACACAAAUCCCUAGGAGGAUGCAUGGCAGUGCUUGAAGUCAUCGGCCUCUCUUCUGCUCCGCAAGAUUUCGCGAGGCAUGGCUUACAACAGUUUCGAGCCCCUCUUUGCCUCCGUAAAAGACCCUGCCAGCAGCAAUUUCCUUUCCAUUUGUUUGGGGAUCCCCUCCGUAUGCUGACUGCAAAGACUCCUCUUUCGACCCUAUAAAGCAACUUCUUGUACGAACUGAAGCGCGGGCAGCCAGCAACCGUCCAGGCCCAUCCCAAAUUCUCUUGUAUUUGCAAAGGCAGACCCGAAGGGAAGGCCUGUGGCAAGACCGUCCCUGAAAUGACUGCCAAGCGCGGAGCAGCCCAAGGAGCUAUCGAGCAGAUGGCCCGGCGGGGAAUGAAAAUGGAGGAGGAGGAGGAAGAACCUGAAACUCCAGAACCAGAGGAAAGAUGGCGGAAGAAGGGGGGGGAAGGCUCUCGCAGCCUCCGAGAAAAAGAUGGAGGGUUGCCCAGAGGCCGAUCGGGUCGCCACAAGGAGCUACUGGGCGCAACUCGUUCCAGUCGUUCCGGGUGGAAAAAUCCACACCCUGCAAGGUCUGCUGAAUGGCAAGAAAAGCAAGGCUCCUCGCCCUCCGCUGAGGGACCCACAGUCACCCGGCAGUGGCCCAAGGGUGGGCGGGCUGCCCGUCACCCGCGCCCAGGCCUUGGGGAAGAAGCGACUGAGGCCCACAACAGCAUGGGCUCGGGGGAGAUUAGCGAGUCCGGGACUGUGAAAGUGAAGGAAGAAAUCUUGGGAGACGACUCGGCCAGCAUGGAGAUGAAACGGCAGCGCUUCCGGCAGUUCCGCUACCAAGAGGCCGAGGGGCCACGCGAGGUGUGCAGCCAGCUGUGGUACCUCUGCCAUCGGUGGCUGAAGCCGGAGAGGCACACCAAGGAGCAGAUCCUGGAGAUUUUGAUUCUGGAGCAGUUCCUGGCCAUUUUGCCCCUGGAUAUCCAGAGCUGGGUGAGGGAACACGAACCAGAGACCUGUUCUCAGGCGGCCACCUUGGCCGAGGAGUUUCUGCAGAUGCAGCAAGAGGCUGAAAGGAGGGAACAGCAGGUCCUUGGACUGUUUGAGAUGGACAAUGCAGAUUCUCCUGAAGCUGAGCAGCCUCCGACUGAGGCAGCGCCGAAGCCCCUGUUCCGUGAAACAAAGCAGGAAACAGAGGAUGAGGCCAGCUCCUUGGGUAAGGUUUUGGCUUCGUCUCAUUGA